UCCCGGGCCCCCGCGGAAGCCCCGCCCGGCCGCGCUGUCACUCACCGCCCCGGGGAGACGCUCCAGCUCCAGGGAGGCGGUGGUGGCGGCGGCGCCCGGACCGGGCGGUUCCCCCCGCGCGCAGGUAUCCAUUCUUGGCGUCAAUAGAAAAUGGGAUAUUUGAAUAGACGGACCUUUCAUUUGACUAACUGUGGCAGUUCUUAGCUUUGCACAACCUAAGAAGAUGUUUUGAACUGUUCACUAGAACACAUGAGGUGUUCUGCCAGGGGGAUUCUGGCAAAGCUGAUGAAAACUAACAGGAAUUUGAACACGUGGGUUCACAGGAACACGCUGUGCUUCCAACCAGAACUUGCAAUUGUCAUCUUCUAAAUGGAUUCCAGUGAAUUUUCGGGAUCUUUGGACCCACUGUCCUUGCCUGACAAACCACUUAUUGGUGAUCUCCCUGCUGACAUGGAGUUUGGGGAAGAUCUCCUGGGCUCCCAAACAGCUUCUACCCAGGAAGUUUCAGUUCUUCAGCCCCCGGACUGGGAUCAACCCAAGCAGAUGACCGCAGAUGGGGACUUGGACCUUCUAGUGAAAGCAGACAGCCUGUCUGAACUAAACAAGUCAAAUGAUCUCGAUCUAGAUAAACCUAGUGUCUUGGACAUGCUGGAGAAACCUGAUGUCUUGGAUGAGCUGGAUAAAACUGCUGACUUGAUGGAGCUGGAUAAAUCGGGGGAUCUGGAUGGGCUAUAUAAGGCACAUUCUUCCCAGGAUGUGGAAGAUGGGCUGGGGGACUCCUCUGCCCUCGCUAGGGAAGCCCUUGUUCCAGAAACGUGGAAAGAAGGGGAAGAUGCACCAAAAAGUGAUUCUGGGGACAUGAAGGAUGACGGUGCUGCUGCUAUUCCUGCGCUGUCUGAUGACAAUGCCCCUGAAUCGCCCCCACAGCCUGUUCCUGACUCAGAGGAACUGAGCAGUGCCCCAGCCACAGAAGAAAUCACAACGCAGUCCUCGAGUCUGCCAGUGUCCCCCCCACAGCUCAGUCUUAAACAAACCAAGAAGACAAGGUUGAAGGCACCAAGGAAAAGCUCACCUGUGCAGAGGGAAGGGCUGGCAGUGGAACCGGGGCUGGAGCUGAGCCCAGAUAACAGUGUUGCAGCCUUGCCCCCUGAGCACAUGGAUGAAAACCAGACAGAGGAAGAGGAUGAUAGUGGGAACAACUCUCUUAAAGAGAGCAGCAUACUGAAGGCACAAGAAGCUUCGCCACCAGCAGGAGAAGGCCUGUCUGGGAAGGGAAGCGAGCAGCCAACUGAGAAGGAGCAGAAAAGAAGUGAACGAGCCAGAAGAUCAGAAACUGCCAGGCCUGAAACUGUGAACUCCUCUGAGAGCAUUCCGGUCUCUGAUGAAGACUCAGAUGCAAUGGUGGAUGAUCCUAAUGAUGAAGAUUUUGUUCCUUUUCGUACCCGACGCUCAACGCGUAUGUCCUUACGCACUCAGAUGGCUCAGCGAGCCGCCCGCUCCACUGUUACCAAGAUGACUUGUGCCAACUGCCGGACCCCACUGCAGAAAGGACAGACUGCCUACCAGCGUAAAGGACUCCCUCAGCUUUUCUGCUCCAGCUCCUGUCUCACCACCUUCUCAAAAAAACCACCUGGCAAAAAGAUAUGCACCUUCUGUAAAAAGGAGAUCUGGAACACCAAGGACUCUGUGGUUGCCCAGAUCGGUUCAGGCGGCUCUUUUCACGAGUUCUGCACCUCCGUCUGCCUCUCCCUCUACGAGGCCCAGCAGCAGAGACCAGCACCUCAGUCUGCGGAGGCCUCAGACACCAGCCGCUGCAGUGUCUGCCACAAACCCGGCGAGAUCCAGCAUGAGGUCAGCAAUGGGAACGUGGUGCAUCGCAUUUGCAGUGAUGCCUGCUUCACCAAGUUCCGGGCCACCAAGGGGCUGAAAACCAACUGCUGUGACAACUGUGGACUCUAUAUCUACAACAAGGGCUUGCCCCUGGAGUACCUCUUCCAUGAAGGCCAGCAAAAACGCUUCUGCAACUCUGCCUGUCUCAACAGUUACAAGAAGAAGAACACUAGGGUCUACCCAUGCAUGUGGUGCAAGACGCUGUGCAAGAACUUUGACAUGCUGCCCAACGUGGACCGCAGUGGCAAGAUGGGCCUGUUCUGCUCCAUUUGCUGCACUACCUCCCACAAAGUGAAGCAGUCAGGCUUGGUUGGUCCCCCUAGACCCUGCAGCUUCUGCAGAAAGAGUUUAUCUGAACCCUGCUAUUACAACAAGACAGACCGGGUUGUCUACCAGUUCUGCAGCCCCAGCUGCUGGACCAAAUUCCAGCGCACCAGCCCGGAAGGUGGGAUCCACCUGAACUGCCAUUACUGCCACAAUCUUUUCAGCGGGAAGCCGGAGAUCCUAGACUGGCAGGACAAAGUGUAUCAGUUCUGCUGCAAGGACUGCUGCGAGGACUUCAAGCGGCUGCGUGGGGUAGUGUCUCAGUGUGAGCACUGCAAGCAGGAGAAGCUGCUGCAUGAGAAGAUCCGUUUCUCUGGGGUGGAGAAGAACUUCUGCAGCGAAGGGUGUGUGCUUCUUUACAAACAGGAUUUCACCAAGAACCUGGGCCUGUGCUGCAUCACCUGCACCUACUGUUCUCAGACCUGCCAGCGGGCGGUCACCGAGCAGCUGGAGGGCAGCACCUGGGACUUCUGUAGUGAAGACUGCAAAAGCAAAUACUUGCUCUGGUACUUCAAGGCAGCUCGGUGCCAUGCCUGCAAGCGUCAGGGGAAGCUGCUGGAAACCAUCCACUGGCGAGGGCAAAUCAAACACUUCUGCAACCAGCAGUGUCUGCUGCGAUUUUACAAUCAACAGAACCAGCCCAACCUGGACACGCAGAAGGGGCCCGAGAGCCUGCUGAACAGUCAGACUUCUGAGCCAAAACCACCUGCCUCUUCCCCACAGAAGGCAGAGACUAACAUGUUGCCAGCGAAGACCUCCUCAGCCCAGAUGUCUCCAGCUGCACCGCCUCCCCCGCCCCCUCCAGUUCCAGCCACCCCUCGGAAGAACAAAGCUGCUAUGUGUAAACCACUGAUGCAGAACCGGGGCGUUUCCUGCAAAAUAGAAAUGAAGUCCAAAGGAUGUCAGACAGAGGCUGACUGGAAGCCCCAGGUGAUUGUGUUGCCAAUCCCCGUCCCGAUCUUCGUGCCUGUGCCUAUGCAUAUGUACUGCCAGAAAGUACCUGUGCCUUUCUCCAUGCCUGUCCCGGUGCCUGUGCCAAUGUUCUUGCCCACCACACUGGAGAGCACAGAUAAGAUAGUGGAGACCAUCGAGGAGCUGAAGGUGAAGAUCCCCUCCAACCCGCUGGAGGCUGACAUCCUGGCCAUGGCCGAGAUGAUCGCGGAGGCUGAGGAACUGGACAAGGCCUCCUCAGACCUGUGUGACCUGGUGAGUAACCAGAGUGCAGAGGGACUCCUGGAGGACUGUGAUCUGUUUGGGCCAGCGCGGGAUGAUGUGUUGGCUAUGGCUGUCAAGAUGGCAAACGUCCUCGAUGAGCCUGGCCAGGACCUGGAGGCUGACUUCCCGAAGAACCCGCUAGACAUCAACCCCAGCGUGGAUUUCCUCUUUGACUGUGGGCUGGUGGGGCCAGAAGAUGUGUCCACAGAGCAAGACCUGCCUCGUGCUGUCCGAAAGGGGCAGAAGCGCCUGGUGCUCACCGAGAGCUGUUCCCGGGACUCGAUGAGCAGCCAGCCCAGCUGCACGGCGCUGAACUACUCGUAUGGUGUGAACGCCUGGAAGUCCUGGGUGCAAGCCAAGUACGCAGGGGGAGAGACCAGCAAGGCAGAGGAGCUGCGCUUUGGUCCCAAGCCCAUGAGGAUCAAGGAAGACAUCCUGGCCUGCACAGCUGCUGAGCUCAACUAUGGCCUGGCCCAGUUUGUCAAGGAAAUAACACGGCCCAAUGGGGAGCGCUACGAGCCAGACAGCAUAUAUUACCUCUGCCUCGGCAUCCAGCAGUACCUGCUCGAGAACAAUCGUAUGGUGAAUAUAUUUACAGACCUUUACUACCUGACCUUCGUACAGGAGCUGAACAAGUCCCUGAGUGGCUGGCAACCCACAAUCUUACCAAACAAUGCAGUUUUCUCACGUGUCGAGGAGGAGCACCUCUGGGAGUGCAAGCAGCUGGGUGUUUACUCACCCUUUGUGCUCCUCAACACCCUCAUGUUCUUCAACACCAAGUUCUUUGGGCUGCAGACGGCGGAGGAGCACAUGCAGCUGUCUUUCACCAACGUGGUGCGCCAGUCCCGCAAGUGCAACACAGCCCGUGGCAUGGCGAAGGUGGUGAGCAUCCGCUACUAUGCUCCUGCCAAGCAGAAGAAAGGCCGAGAUGGUGGUUCUGGAAAGCGGAAACGCGAGGAGGAGAUGCCGAUCCUGGAGCAGCGGGAGAACAGGAUGAACCCUCUCCGAUGCCCCGUCAAGUUCUAUGAAUUUUAUCUCUCCAAAUGCCCCGAGAGCCUGCGGAACCGCAACGACAUCUUCUACCUGCAGCCGGAGCGGUCGUGCAUCGCCGAGUCGCCCCUCUGGUACUCGGUCAUCCCCAUGGACAGGAGCAUGCUGGAGAGCAUGCUGAACCGCAUCCUGGCCGUGAGGGAGAUCUACGAGGAGCACAGCCGCCUCGGGGGCCUCGAGGACGACAUGGACUGAGCGGGGCGCUGCCGGGCUGGCUCCCCUCCAGCCCUGGACGCCUCGUCUCCCCGUGCCGGUGGCAGGGCAGGGGCCGUGCAGCGUGGCGGGGGGGCCGGUGCCGAGCCCCGGCUGGAGUUGCAGCAGUGCUGUCCCCUCGUCAUUACCGGACUCGGCCAUUCCCCCCCCGGCUCGCAACAGGCCUUUCCUCCGCGCGUGGCCCCCAGGCUCAGCCCUGCCUCUUGCCUGGGCCAGCUUCCCCGGGGCCGGGCCCUGUGGCACGGCGGGGGCCGAGCCCCCAGGGCAGCCGCCCUGGCCCCGUCCUCCCGCCCCGUGGGUCGCAGCCCCCUUCCCCUCACCCCAGCCCCCCCACCCCGGGGCAGUGACUGCACAAUUCUGGGACCAGCAGCCCCCAGGCUUUUACCCCCCCCCCCCCCCGGGUGGGUGGUGGGGCAGGAACGGCGGAGUCUCUGGCCCAGGAAGAGCAGCUCCAGGGCCGGGGGGGGCCAAGACGAGGCAGGUGUUGGCGGGCCGCCAGUUUUGUCCGUGUUUUUGGAAGCGGUGCAGAGCACGCUGACGGAUGCGGGUUGGGGCCAGUGCCACUGCCUUGCAUGUUGUUCCCCCCCCCCCCCAGUGCUGCAAGCUGGUUGGGGCUUGGGGCAGAGGCAGAAGAGCAGGGUCUGGCCAGCCUUCCUCCUCCUCCUCCUCCUCCUCCUCCUCCUCCUCCUCCGCCUCCUCCCCUGACGCUGCGAGCCCCCGGCCUGGGGCGAGCUUGGCUCCGGCUUUGCUGUCCCCCCCCGCCUCCCCCCUCCUCGUGUCCCCUUCGGUUUCCCCGAGCUGUACAUGGGUCUCGGCGCUGUCUGUUGAGCCUGUAUAUAUUGUCCUGGGCCCUGGCCCGGGGCCCGUCCUCUGUGUCCGUGUGGAGUGAGCCGCUCACCGGUCUUGUUGUAGUGCUAACAGGGCGGUAGGACUAACCCUGUGUCUCUGGAAACCAUUCAUUUCAAAUAAAGAUGCGGAAACCCA